AUGAACGAUCUGUUUUCCGAUAAUUCAUUCAAACGAUACAAGGAUCUUGAGCAUCAGGUCUACAUUGAUGAUGUCCGCAGCGAGGCGUGGGAUGAGACUGUCAAUCUCGAUGGAUACUUCAGGAAAGUAGAGAAUGUGAAGGAUGACAUGGGAGCUGUGGAGAAGCUUUACAAACAGCUCGAGGAAGCAAAUGAGGAGAGCAAACAAGUGCAUGAUGCCAAGUCCAUGAAAGGGCACCGUGCCAGGAUGGACUCAGAUGUUGAGAAAGUCUUGAAGCUUGCCAAAGUCAUCAAGGAAAAGCUUGAAGCACUUGAACUCUCCAAUGCUGAUCAGCGCAAACUCCCCGGAUGUGGACCAGGAUCAUCUUCUGAUCGAACAAGAGCUUCAGUACUCAAUGGUUUGGUGAAAAAGCUUAAGGCUAUGAUGGAUGAUUUUAAGGGCCUAAGGGCCAAAAUAGCCUCGGAAUAUAAAGAGACAGUUGGAAGGAGGUACUUCACAAUAACAGGUGAGAAGGCCAACAAAGAAAUGAUUGAGAAUUUGAUUGCCAGUGGAGAUGGUGAGACAAUAGUUCAGAGGGCAAUCCAGGAACAGGGCCGUGGUCAAAUUUUGGACACAAUUCAAGAAAUCCAAGAGCGACGCGAUGCUGUGAAGGAGAUUGAGCAGAGCCUCAUUGAGCUGCACCAAGUGUUCCUAGACAUGGCUGCGUUGGUUGAUGCACAAGGGCAGCAACUGAAUGACAUCGAGAGCCAAGUCGCGCGUGCGAGCUCGUUUGUCAGGGGAGCAACUGUGCAGCUUGAGGAAGCUAAGCAAUAUCAGAAGAGCAGCAGGAAAUGCAUUUGCAUUGGUAUAGUUAUCGCCUUUUGUUUGGUUAUCAUUCUUCUUUUCCCCAUUCUGAUUCACUUCAAGAGUUAA